AUGAACAAAUGUACAUGUUCACAAUGCUCAGAACAAAUCAGCUGCUAAUUUGCAAGUUUAAUUCCUGUGCUGCCUCGUUUCCAUUCAACUUCCACGGAGACUUGGGUACAGCUGCGAGGCCCUGAUCCUGAAUGCAAUGUUCUACGGGCCACGUUCUCGCAGAGCGCCGCUAGGGGGCGCUGCUUGACCGAACACGUUCCCCGCGGAGCCCGGCGCGCUCUCCUUCCUCUGUGCCGGAAUGGUUUCACCCGCCCAGGUAUAACAGGCGAGACGGCGGGAGCGCAGCGCGCACCCCGAAGUGUACUUUCCGGCAGCAACAAGUCAGCUCGGGGCCCGAUGACCACUGCGAAACGACUUGUCCCACUGGCUCCUCAUAGCAGUGCAGCACCGAGCGCUGCUUCGCUGCUCUUUUCUUCGAAAGUGUAAAAGCCUGGUGAAAAGUCUGCACAAGUGUAAAAGUGGGGCGCAGAGCUGGGGAGCCUCGGAUCAUGAACUCGUCGGCUUUCAACCACUCGGACCCGGGGCUCUUCUCGAACCGCAGCGAGGGCUUCCUGCGCUGCUGCAACUUCUCCUCGGUGGUGACGGAUGACGGCUUCGGCGGCGCCGCUCCGGACGAGCGCAGCCUCUUCAUCAUGCGCGUGGUGCAGAUCGCCGUCAUGUGCGUGCUCUCGCUCACCGUCGUCUUCGGCAUCUUCUUCCUGGGCUGCAAUCUGCUCAUCAAGUCGGAGGGCAUGAUAAACUUCCUGGUGACGGACAGGCGGCCCUCCAAAGAGGUGGAGGCGGUCAUCGUGGGGGGCUAUUAGCGCGGGAACCUGGAGAGCGGGGGCUCAAGUCAGAGAUACC